AGACGCCAUUCCUGUGCGCGAAGUUCAGAUGCGCCUAGCGAAUGGGGGAGGGUUGAGAAAGAAGCACACUUCCGGUGCCCUUUCUCCCGCGAGCCCUCCGGCCCAGCCAACCCUCGUGUGCAGGGCGAGGUCUCCAACCUGGAGUGGGGUAGAAGCGGCGGGCACCCCCUCCUGACCUCCGGUGCCGCCGCCUUCGGUAGGAUCAGACAUGGCCCAGAACCUGAAGGACUUGGCAGGACGCCUGCCCGCUGGGCCUCGGGGCAUGGGCACGGCGCUGAAGCUCCUGUUGGGAGCAGGUGCCGUGGCCUAUGGCGUCCGCGAAUCCGUGUUCACGGUGGAAGGCGGUCACAGAGCCAUCUUUUUUAAUCGGAUCGGUGGCGUGCAGCAGGACACCAUCCUGGCCGAGGGCCUUCACUUCAGGAUCCCCUGGUUCCAGUACCCCAUCAUCUAUGACAUUCGGGCCAGACCCCGAAAAAUCUCCUCACCCACAGGCUCCAAAGACCUGCAGAUGGUGAACAUCUCCCUGCGUGUGCUGUCUCGACCCAAUGCCCAGGAGCUCCCUAGCAUGUACCAGCGUCUAGGGCUAGACUACGAGGAACGAGUGCUGCCAUCCAUUGUCAACGAGGUGCUCAAGAGUGUUGUAGCCAAGUUCAAUGCCUCGCAGCUGAUUACCCAGCGAGCCCAGGUGUCCCUGUUGAUCCGAAGGGAGCUUACAGAGCGAGCCAAGGACUUCAGCCUUAUCCUGGAUGAUGUAGCUAUCACAGAGCUAAGCUUCAGCCGGGAGUACACAGCUGCUGUAGAAGCCAAACAAGUGGCCCAGCAGGAAGCCCAGAGAGCCCAAUUCUUGGUGGAAAAAGCUAAGCAGGAACAGCGGCAGAAGAUCGUGCAGGCUGAGGGGGAGGCUGAGGCCGCCAAGAUGCUUGGAGAAGCCCUCAGCAAGAAUCCCGGCUACAUCAAGCUCCGAAAGAUCCGGGCUGCCCAAAACAUCUCCAAGACAAUUGCCACAUCACAGAACCGCAUCUAUCUCACAGCUGACAACCUUGUGCUGAAUCUCCAGGAUGAAAGCUUUACCCGAGGAAGUGACAGCCUCAUCAAGGGUAAGAAAUGAAUGUGAUCAUCAGAAACUCCACCCCCAGAGAAGUGGAUGGGUUUUGUCUCCAGUUUUUGAGGAUCCAGCAGGAUGGGGGAAUCUCUGGCACACCCCUCCCGACCCCAGUAUCAUGUGAUGGUCCCUCAGCACUUGCCCUCUUGGAUUAAGGAAGACCGAAGACCAACCCUUUUGGAGAGAAUGGCUUGGGGGUUGGGUCCAUGUGUGAUUUCUCAGUAAUUUCCUACAAUGCUGUUCCCUCCCUCAGAGUGGGAGGAAAGAACCACCAUCCCAGGAAUUCUCAAUAAAUUUUUAUUACUAAAACCGAA